GUUCAUGAUAUUCGCGCCAAAUAAGUUUUUGUUUUGGUUUGGUAAUGUGAAUUAUGUGAAGUUUGUUAACUUUAGUUAGAAAUCAGUGUUUUUCAUUAAUAGAUAUAGCUGACACGGUAAGCAACAAUUAUUAAUUUUGUACUAUUUUUGUUUACAGUGAAUAAUUAUUUCAUAGAUCUUUCGGUAGCAUGCUUAUGACAAAUUUUAGGUUAGAGGAAAAUGUUUGUUCGGUAGUUAGUAUGAAUAUUCACUGUGUUUUUUCUUUGAACGAAAAUUGGUUCCCGAUUCCUCGAUGUUCGUAUAUUUCCAUAUUCCUAUCCUUACUCAAAAUGUGGUGGGGUUAGGAAUGUGCUUGCGAAUUUAGGCUUGGAGCACCUAAUCAGGAUAUACUCGUGUACAUUCCCAGUUGGAUACGGAUGUUUAUAUUGCAAUGGACAAGAAAAGAAAACUGCGAACUGUAGCAGGUUAUAGUGAUAGACAUAAGCGUAGAUUAAUACAAGAAGAAACACUUCUCAGUGUUGAAAAAGUUAACUAUUCUCACAAUUACACACAUGAUCGAAAGGAUGACAUUGAAGUGUAUAGGCCUAGUACAAGUAUAAGUGUCAGUGCUUCGAUACAGUGGAUACAACAGUUGUACCAAGUGUUGUAUUGAAGGUGUUUAUGUUGAGAAAAGAGUAUGUUUUCCAACAGAAAUGCCAGCCAGUCCUUUGAGAUGCGAUGAAGGGUUUUCCAAAUAUUUAUAUGAGGAUUAUCAUGCAGGGGAAAUAAUUUUAACAAGAAUUCCACAUUUCGGGCUCGUGUUAUGUGUGCCAUUAGAUUACAUGCACCUCGUUUGUCUAGGAGUAAUGAGGAAGAUGAUUUAUCUGUGGAUUGGUGGACCUUUAACGGUUAGAUUAUCAGGAAACUCUGUUAAAAUUAUUUCCACUAAACUGGUAUCGUUGCAGAACACAUUACUUUGUGAUUUUGCACGAUGUCCAAGAUCUUUACAAGAAGUAAGAAACUGGAAGGCUACUGAGUUCAGGCAGCUCCUUCUGUACACAGGUCCGAUCAUUUUGAAGAAUAUAUUGAGUGAAGACAUGUACACUCAUUUUUUCUCUCUUCAUGUGUCAGUUACUAUUUUAUGUUGCUGCCAGUUGUUGGAACUAAAGAACAUUAAUUAUGCUGAAAAGUUGUUGCACCAUUUUGUCAUAUCUUUUGAAAUUAUUUAUGGGAAAGAACAUGUAUCUCAUAAUGUUCAUAAUUUAAUACAUCUUGCAAAUGAUGUAAACAAAUUUGGCUCUCUAGAUUCCUUCAGUGCAUUUAGAUUUAAGAACUAUAUGGCUUCUAUUAAGAAAUUGUUGCGGAAAAGUGAAAAGCCAUUGCAACAGCUUGAAAGAAGGUAUAAGGAAAGAGAGGCACUGUAUGUUUCAAAAGACAUCAAUACAAAGUGCAGUAAAGUUAGCAGCCCACAUAACGAGUGGGCUCUGAUGAUGGGAACAGACAGUGGAAAUGUGUUACAGUACAAGUAAUUUAAUACGGGUUUUUUUCUGUUAUUUGUGAUGGCAAAAAUAAUUGUUGUCUUUUGAAAAAUGAUAUUGUUUCAGUAUUAAACAUUGUGCAUGAUGGGGAACAAACUUACAUUAUUGGGUACAAAUUAGUCCCAUUCAAGAAUCUCUAUGAUAAGCCAUGUGAAUCUUCCAUGCUUGAUAUUACAAUUGUUAAAGAAUCUUUUGAACUGUGUGUGUGGAAUGUGUGUGAAAUAGCAAGAAAAUUAUGGAAAAAUUCCUAUUAAAGAAAAUAGUUUUUCUCUUUUUCCUAUAAUACAUACAUGAGUUAAUUGUAUGCUGUAAUAUAAAUGGCUAAAUUGUCUAUUUAUAAAAAUUAUGACAUUUGUGUUAGAAAUACCAUGAUAAGUGUGGAGUUCAUAGAAAGUGACAAGUGUUAUUCUAAUGACAAACAUGUCUGUUUUACUGUUUUCAAGAAGCUGCCUUUUAUCUUACCACCUGGAAGAUGUCUUCAGUGGUAGAAUUUGUUGAUUGAGUACAACUAGUGCCAUCAAAUUGGCUUAUAGAAGAUGGAAAUAAAUGCUUCUGGCCUAAAUAAACCAGCCAGAUGAAGCUAAUUAGAUCAAUUGCAAACAAAGAGGAGCCUUCUAAUGAUUGGGAUGUCCAUGGUGUGAACAGGAUUUUUGCAACAUCAGGCACUUACGAAGAUGGGAUCGGGAAAUUGUAAUCACCCGAAAAAUAUUCUGACUUUGACAGUGCUACAUCUGAUGGAGAUAAAUCAGCUAGGAGGAUAAUACGGCAUGAGAGAGCUAAACGAGUGCAGGAGUCAUCAGAAUCUGAGGAAGAAUCACCACAUCCUUUAUUACCACCUCUACCACAACCGCCGUUCUCUAAAAGGCCAAAAGGUCUUUUGUCCGUUACUGCUGAAAAGUUACAGAAUUUCUCUGCAUCCCAGUCAUUGAUUAAUGAUCAACUCACUCAGUCAUUAGUGAGAUCACCUCACUCCCAGCCAGUCAGUUCAUGUACACCACUUGCAGCUUCAAAUAACAGUGCCUGCUUGCUAGGUGAAAGUAGUGCAAAAAAUGUGAAUAUGGUAACAGAGUUUCCCAUAACAUUACCAGUGGAUUUCAUUCCUACAAAUUGUAAAACACCUGCCAGACAAUUGUCACCAUUGAAUAGUAAUGAAAGAGCUUGUGACAUCGCAUCCAGCGACAUUGCUGUUAAUGAUAUAGCUGCUUCAUUAAAAGAAAAAAGAAGAAGAGAGAAGAACUGAGAAGUGAGGUGUAUGAGAAUGUUAAUUAAUUCUGUUGUACACAUUCUUGUUGCAAUAUAUUUUUCAAGGCAGAACGAUAUGAUUUUUUUGUUCUUUUCCAAGUUUCUAAAUGGUAUGGUUAUGGAUGAUGGGAGAAAGUGUUUAAAAUGACGCAUAAAAAUGAAUGUUAAAAGGGAAAAUAUAUGAAUACUAAAUGCAAACAGAAAAUUUAACAACAUUUAUUUGAUAUUCAGUUUUUCAACAUCGUGGGCUGAAAUAACUUUCAACAAUCGCCAGUCCUAAAAGAAAAUUUGUACGAAACUUUCAUAAAGAAGUGUGGACAACAUGUCCAGGUUUUUUCCUUCAUAAAUGUGAUAUUUUUUAGCACAAUAUUAUAAAUAAUAUCUGUACAUAAUGUGGUCGAAAUAAAGAAAAAGUACUGCAGAUUUAUAACAGUAUGGUGAAAUUGUUCCAAAAAUGUAGACAAAGCUGGUCUACCUUUAAUGCACUUGUUAUACUACAAAAUAGAGUUAAUUCCUUUAUUGUUAGCACAUAAUUAUUUUACCAAUGAGGAAUGCCUAUAAUUCAGCUUAUUACAAGAGACAAGAGUAGGCCAGUUGUUUUGCCUGUAUAUUGCAGUUUGCAAGCAUACCCCUCUAUUAAUAUGGUAUGAAUAUACUAUUGUCAAUUUUAUAUCAUAUACAUUACGUUUAUGUUAUGUAACAAUGUUACAUAUAUGGUAUGAAACAUGUAACAAUGUCACAUAUUUGUUAUGUAACAAUGUAGCAUAUAUUUUAGGUAACAAUGUUACAUUUCUGAGAGGUAUCACUGUAGUAAUGUUUCAGAGACAUUGCAGCAUUAAGUUAUGAAAGAGGACAUAUCUACGUAAGUGUAAUGUAACUGAAACCGAACAAUUACGUAUGGUAACAUUUCUGAAACAUUAAGAAUGUUACAAAGUUAUUUAACUGUUAUGUUUCUGCAACAUAAGAGUGCUGUGUGGGUGGUGGCUUGAGCGUAACAAUCUAAUACGUCCGGAACAAUUUGGCUUUCGAUCACAUCUAGGAACGGAUGAUGCCAUCUAUACUCUUUAUGCACAAAUCUACCGUGCGCUUCAGACAAAGGGUAUGCUCGGGGCUAUAUUCCUUGACAUUAGUUCAGCUUUUGAUACUGUCCAAUGGCCAAUGUUGAUAGAGAAUUUAACCCGACUUGGUCUACCUACACAACUUGUUACAAUAAUUUAGGUUCUUUUUUCUCAUCGCAUUUAUAAACCUCGAACGGUCACUUGUUCAUCUUAUGUACGACAUACUUAGGGAUUAGUACAAGGGAGUGUCCUUAGCCCUAUAUCAUUUAUUUUAUAUGUUCAAGACUUAAUGUUUCAUGUUGGACCGUAUGCAUAUAUCACAGGUUAUGCUGAUGACGUAGUAAUAUGGUGCCAUAGUUCAUCCUUUGUUGGUGCCUGUAAUACUCUUCAAUCUGCGUUACAUGAAGCGCAUGUCUGGUUAAAUGAACGAGGACUUCGUAUAUCACUACAGAAAACUAAUUUGGUGUAUUUUUACAAAGAAAGUAAUGCCGGCCCAGGUGCCUAUUCCACAUCUUAAUAAUAUUUCUCUUCCUUUAGUCCAGUCGGUUGACGUCGGCCCAAAGGCCUCCUUAACUCUUACAGGCCUAUAUGUCACGCCAAUGCCUUCUGCCGAGUGGUGCUUCUUGGAAGUGUUUCUACUCGCUGAGGGUGCAGUGUAGACUUGUGUUUUCUUUUGCAGUUACUUAUUUUGUAUGGUAUUUCAUUUUAUAUUUUAUUUGUUUUAUAGUUUGUAUUAUUUUUUAUUUAUUUUAUUCGUAUUAUUCACCGCGCGCCUAGGCCGUGGUUCUCCGCCUGUGGCCAAUCCGUGCGUUCCGCGGGCUCGUGGAGGAGGGGAGUCGCGGUCGCGGCACGUGGGGCAGGGAGGUGGACGGGUGGGACGCCCCUUGCAGUGUGCGGGGAAACUAAAGCGCGCGGAACCGGGCAUCGCCCUUAUUGAGAUUGCCACAGGCGGGACUGCGGUAGCCCCACGUAAAGGGUAUGUUUUAUCGUACAUAAAACCCGGAAACUUCAUGCGGACUUUUAUUUCCUGAAGUCAUCCUGGGCAGGCUAGAUCCCUUAGGCCACGAGGCACGGACCCUAAUCUACCGCCCCUGAGCAGCCGGAGACGCGCCACUAAUAACAGGGACUAGCCGCGGCCUUGUCACGGUUAAAUAUCUUGGUGUUAUGUGACAGGAAGCAUACAGGGAAUGCACAUACUCAAUUCGUUGUUGAUAAAUGUACCUGCAGAAUGUAUUUCCUCAAAGCUUUAGCACAUACACAUAGCUGCCAACUUGUACGAUUUUCCCGUACAAUGUACGAUUUUGCGCCCUAAUGUACGAUUGUACUAUUGGUUUAAAUUAUUGUACGAUUUCCAAGCUUUUUCUAAUUUUUGUCUCAUUUGGGUGAUUCGUAACAGUAAAUCUAUACUGAUGUCAUACAAUUACGGUAUCGAACAUGCGGUAUCAAGAUCGUACACAACAGAAGACGUUUAGUAGAUAAUAAAAGAAGCUCGUAAUACUGUAUUUUCGGAACUAGCAUACUCCAUUUGUAGUAGUUAUGCCAUAUUUUCACUACAGCGUAGUCAUUCACUCAUUGUACGAACGUAACCUUGAACGCCAUUGGCAGUGGAAAAUUACCGUGUUUGCUACAGGCAGAAGCUACACCUACGCGUACGGGAAUUGUUUGUUUUCAAGCAUGCGCGGAAAUUCGCGGUAAAAAUGGCGAGUAAACAGAAAAAGAAACCUUAUAACCAAGUAUUUUGAGAUUGUUAUAGUAAAGAAAUUCCGUGGGUUAGGCGUUCAAAAACUGGCAUCAAUUAUGCUUUCUGUGCUUAUUGCUCGUGUGAAAUAAAUAUUUCGCACGGGGGUAGAAAUGACUUGAAAGUUCACGAAGGAACAGUGAAACACACAAGGAAUGCUUCACUUGGAAGUUCAACCAACAUUAGUAAUUUUUUUAGUGUUCAAAGUGACGAUUUUAGUGUUAUUCGAGCAGAAUGUUAUUUCACAUCAUUUAUUCUGGAACAUAACCUGCCGGUGUCACUAGCAGAUCAUGCUGGACCUUUGUUGAGAAAAAUGUUUCCCAGGAGCGAAGAAUCUAAGAAAUACAGUUGUGGACGCACCAAAACCACUACAAUAAUUGCAGAAAUGGCAAGUGAGCGUCAAAAUGUUACAGCAGGUAUGUUGAAAAAAGUUCCAUUUUCAAUUGCUACAGAUGGGAGCAACGAUGAUUCUAAGCUUUACCCAGUUGUAGUGACCUAUUUUAGUGAGAAAGAUUCUCAAAUCAAAAUGGAUUUGCUUGAAAUUGUACCGUUAGAGGGUGCUGCAACUGGGAAAAACAUCGGGAAAAUGUUGCUCAACAGUUUAGAAAAGCAUUCCAUUCCUGUUAGAAAUUGCAUUGCCCUAGGUUCCGAUAAUGCAUUGGUCAUGAUUGGCCACAAAAAUGGUGUAGCCGCAGAACUUCAGCAACACCAUGAAAAUAUUAUUGUUUUGGGAUGUGCAUGCCAUUUACUGCACUUACCAGCAGAAAAGGGUUCCUCAGGGCUUCAUGUUCGUGUAGAUGAAAUCCUUGUUGAUAUUUACUACUAUUUGCAUAAAAGUGCUAAACGUAAAGAGCAGCUCAAGAAUUUGCAAAUCCUCUGUGACAAAAAUCAAAGAAAUUCUUGAAUUAUGUCUCCACUAGGUGGCUAUCCCUGGGAGAGUGUAUCGGUAGGUUAAUAGAUUUGUGGCAACCCUUAAUUUGGUUUUAUAAAGAAGAAGUAGAUAGUAAGCUUGAAUGUCCAAAAGGUUCUUUACAUUUGUAAAAAAUCCCUAAGAAGUUGCCAGGUAAAGUCGAAGAAAGUUCUUGCAGAGUUUCAGAUGAAAACAGAAAUGCAGGCUUGCGUUCAGGUGAAAGUUCCUUAAAAAGAACUUCAACUUCAGAUAAUUUUUGUUAUGGCAAGAAGAUCAAGCAGUCAUGUGAACCAGAAGAGCAAAAAACCAUUCCAAUUUUGUCACGUCAAGAGAGAAUUUUCAUGUUUCUCACUGAUGACCUAAAUAAAGCAAAUGUCAUCCUGCAAUCUCAAACACCUCACAUACAUCUUAGGGGAUUGUUGACAGAUGUGUUAAAAGAAUUGCUUGUGAAAUUUGUAAAACCUCAUGUCAUCAAGACAACACCAGUACAUGAUGUUCUGUACAAUAGUGCUACAAACCAGAAGUCGGAUGAAGACCUAGUUGUGGGUUGCAAUGCAUCAAAAGUAGUGGCUACAUUGACACAAUCUGACAAAUCUAAGUUUUACACAUCAGUUCGGAAUUUCUUUAAACUCUCAUGUGAUUACAUUAUUUAGAAAAUUCCCUUGAAAAAUGAAAUUUUAAAGCAUGCUGAAGUGGUUAAUGUGAAAAAUAUUGCGAGCUCAUCAUUUUCUUCAGUGAAGUAUUUUGUGGACAUGUUUCCUGCUGUGCUACUUGUCAAGGAUGGGGAGGCACUAGACAUUCUUCAACAACAGUUUUGUUCUUUGCAGGUGGACAAUGACAUCCCACUGGAUUCAGUGGAGAGAAUAGACAAGUUGUGGUCUUACAUAGGGAAAAUAGGUAGUGGUGUUGGUGGUCUUAAGUAUGACAGAGUUGCUCAUGCAAUGCUAUCAGUGUUGGUUAUUCCACAUAGCAAUGCUGAGUGUGAGAGGGUUUUUAGCAGCAUUAAAAAAAAUAGGACCACUUUCAGAGCUUCAAUGUCAGACAAAGUUUUAAACAGUAUAUUGUUGGCAAAACGUACUAACAGCAUUUGUUAUGAACAAGACUUCGAUGAAACUUUUCUCAAGAAAGCUAAAUCUGCCACACAUGUAUCCCUGCUGCAGAAAAAAUAAAUAAUGUAUUCAAGCACCAUGAUAUGUAUCCAGUGACAUGCACUUAGAAUCAUUAAGAAAAGGUAUGUUUCCAAAACCAAAUUAUUACCAUAUUGUUUUUUACAGUUUUUUUUUUCGUGAACAUUAUAUGUGCAAAACAAAAUAAUUUUUGCCGCGCCUCUAUUGCGUAUAAAAAUUGCCUUUCAAUGAUUGUACUAUAAUUUUACUAUUUUCUUUUGAAAAUUGUACUAAUUGCUUUUCUGUAAGGUUGGCAGGUAUGCAUACACAGUGGGGGGCAGACGUAAUUUUCCUUUGCACGUUAUAUAUCUCUACUAUAUGUUCCAUACUACUUAUUGGCAAUCACCUCCUACCUCAUUCACCGGCUGCACACAUGAGACGGUCGGAACGAAUACAAAAUGAUUGUAUGCAUAUUCUUUUGGGAGCUUUCAAAUCUACUCCGAUAAUAUACCUACAAGUCGAGUUAGGUCUACUUUCGCUAUCUUUGCAGAUGCAGUUGUCUCGCUUACAACAAUGGAUUCGCUCAAUUCGUUCGAAUCACAUUGAACUCCGAAACACUUUACUAAAGUUAAUCGACAUUCCAACCGACAUAUACAAUUUGGCCUAAGAAAUUAAGCCUGAAUCCCCCAAUAUCUAUCAUUGUCCAUAUAAUGUAGGACAUUAUGUCCCCAAUAUAAUCCUAUUGGGUAAUAAACACGAUCUGCCGAUCGUCUUACGACAAGAAUUUUUGGAACGUCUUUCCCAAUUUCCGCAUCUAUACCGAUGGCUCAAAAACUGGUGAUGGUGUUGGUGCAGCAUGGUAUGAUGCUACUAAUAAACGAUUGGGGAUGUAUAAACAACCCCACGUAUGUCACUAUCUAUUAUGCUAUAUUUCUCGCCCUGCAAUAUAUACUAUCUCAUAACAUUCCAUAUUCGAUCAUCUUGACGGAUUCUGUAAGUGUUUUAUCUUCCCUGGGAUCGCAUCUCUCUCCGUCCGAGGUACUUAUACUCCGUAUUAAAGCUAUGAUACUUCAGAUCUGGCCAUCACAUCUCUGCCACAAUUUUUAUGGAGUCCAGGACAUAUUGGGAUUCCUGGGAAUGAGUUGGUUAAUCGUUUAGCUAAAUUCGCCAUUACAAAGGGUUCUGCUUACCAUCCACACUCAAUUAAUAAUCUAAAGCCUCUUAUUAAAAGCCAUUACACUCAGGUCAUGGUCGACACAUGGCAUCACUAUACUCAAACUCAUCACUCCUCAUACUCCAUGUUACAUCAAAAUUCUUUUGCGGUCUAUGCCCGAUCUGGCGCCUAUCACUCCAGACGUCACGGGGUUAUCUCCUUUCAUUUAAGAACCGAACAUCUCAUUUAUAAAGACUAGGAAUUCUUGAAAACUCAAUGUGUGUUUGUGGAUCCUCAGACUCUGAUGUACACCAUCUUUUAUUAGAUUGCCUUUGUAUUGGGAACAGAACCCACUUCUUUCAGAGCCUUAAGGCAAUAGGAAUUUUGCCACCCUAUUGUUACCCAAGGAUGUUAUAUGAACACUCCCGUGAGGUUUUAGAUAUUAUUAUUCGGUUUAUUCUACAAGCCAACAUUUGCAUUUAAUUUGUAUGGUUGGAUAUUGCGACUUUUGCUUUUAUCCCGGUGGUUGGUUAACCCUCCACCUCCCUAUUCCUAUGUUCCAUGGCCUUAAUUUUUCCUCACGGUAGACGGGCCUCUACCGAGAAGAGUAGAUAUAGUACCUCGAUCCUAAGAAAUGUUUUUAGAAUCGUUAAUACGCUUCAUUGCACUAUGGCUGCUGGCCCAUCCGCUGAAGCCCACCCAAACAAAAAAAAAAAUAUAGGGAGACCUAAGAUUCACAUAAAGUUCUGCCAUUCCCGAUUACACCCGAACAAUUCACCUUCGGCCAACUUCGGGAUUUGUUUUAUUUUUGCGCAGGAAAAAUGAAUUAAAAUAUUAAAAGUGGUCGGUUAGGUUAGCUACAUUAAAACACUAUGGACGGUUGUUAGUAUAGCUACGUUAAAAUAAACAGAAAUAUAAAUAUAUAUAAAUAAACCCGAGGUUGGCUGAAGGUGAAUUGUUCGGGUGUAAUCAGGAAUGGCAAAACUUUAUGUGCAUCUUAGGCUUCCCUUACUCUAUAAUGUAUAUUGUUUGUUGCAAUAUUUUAUAAACAUUUGGCAUUUCAGUGAAUUACAAUUGGCAUUUAUUCAAUUUUGUACAUGUUUGUGAUGUCAUCAAAAAACAAUGGAUUCAAAUGAAGAUAGCAGGAAUAUUCCCUCCAAUUCAAAAAGAAAACGUAAGUAUGGCUGUUUGCAAGAGGUUAGGAAGAAAAUAAAACUUCAAAGUCAUGAAAUACGCCCAGACUGCCAAUGUAAGAAAAAGUGUUUUGAGAUUGUAGAUGAAGAUAAAAGAAAAGAGAUAAUUAAACGUAUGAACAGUAUGCAUUCUACUGACGAGAUAAACAUCUGUCUUGCUGGGUUGAUAACCAUAUUACCAGUUAAACAACGGCGUCCCAGACAGCCAGAAGAAGUAGCAAAUCUGAGAGACGCCACCUUUUCGUACCGUUUACGAUACUUGGAAGAAGGAAAACCAGCUGAAGUAAGCGUUUGCAGAAAAGCUUUCAUGUCAGUGCAUGGGAUAGGAAAAGGUAAAGUUAAUUAUAUUUUGCAAUCGCUUAAGAGUUCGGGGGAUGCGUCAAGGGACAAACGUGGUAAACACAAGAACCGUGUUCAUGCACUUCCAGAUGAAACUAACCAAAAAAUUCAUUAUCACAUUAACAGCUUAAGAGAAAGAGAGAGUCUUUAUAGUCAGAAAGACAGCAAGAAGAAGUAUUUACCUGAAGAGUUAAAUAUAUCGAAGGUCUACAAAAUGUUCCUAGAGAAGAAUCCUGAUACAAAAGUAUCAUACGAGACCUACAGAAGUAUUUUCAAUGCAGAUUUUAAUAUUGCUUUUGGAUACCCCAGAACUGACACUUGCGCACAGUGUGAUGUAUUUAAUGCCAGAAAAAGUUGCUUAGAAGCAGAACUGCAAAUCGCUGAGGACAACCAAACAAAAGAAAGGUUAAGUAAUGAAAUUAACAACAUCUGCACUGAUAGGAAAUCACAUCACAAGACAGCUCAACAGUGGUAUGAUCUGAAAAGAAAGGCCAAAGUUACAUGUCGACGUGACAUCAUAAAGGAAGCAAUAGUGUUUGAUUUCUCAAAGAACUACCCGAUUCCGAAUAUCACUACUGGUGAAGUUUACUACAGACGUCAACUUUCUAUGUUCUUCUUCAAUGUCCAUGUUUUGUCGACUGGAAGAAGCGUGUUUUAUGUGUAUCCUGAAACAGUCGGGCAAAAGGGAAGUAAUGAAGUUUGUUCUUUUCUCCACCAUUUUAUCUACAACUAUCUAGAAGAAAAUGUCACCGAACUGGAGGAAUUUUGCGAAACCAAAAACCACACCGUUUUCACAAGGAACACCGCCUGCAACAUGUCACAUGUACAUACCCGAUAAGAGGACAUUAAUAUAAUGAAUGUGACAAGAACUCAAGACUGAUAAACCAAAAAAACAAGAGCCGAGAUGUCAGAAGAAUGGGCUGAAAUGAUCAGAAUCCCUAGAGUAAAGCCUUCAACUUUUGAAGUGGUUGAAGUUGAACAAGAAAUGAUCAAAGAUUGGACAACACACCUGGACACAUACUAUCGGAAGAAGUUGUAGUGUGCUUUUCGAACUGUCAAGGUUUUAAGUGUUUCAGAAAUCAUCCUGCACUUAUAAAAUAUCGAAACUCAUUUAAUGGACCAUGGAACAACGUCCCAGUGCUACCUACAAAAGGUAAAAAGAAGCAGCAGCCAUUGCAACAUCAGAAACUGAGUUUAUUCUGACAAACAUUGGCUAUGAUGGUGAGUUAAAAAGUCAUAUUUUACACCUAUAUCUACCAAAAUAAUUUAUUUAGUUUUCCAUUACAUUUUUCAUCCUUCUGAGUGAUUAUUUAAUGUUCAAAUAAUCUAAUAUAUUCCAAUGUUGUAGCUGAAUUAUCUUUUCACGUAUUUGCUGUACAAUUUGGUUAUUAUAAACUGCCCUAAAAAAUUAUCACAGUCAUGACUAAGUUAUCAAUUAAUGUUAAAUAUAAUACAGGUAUAUGCCAUUUUACAUGUUUGGAUACUAUCCUAGUAUUUUUUCCAGCUGGUUUGCCGAUCACAAAGGAAAAGUAUGAUGAUCUGCAAUGCUUGAAGAACUUCUGUACAAAUCCAAGGGUGGCAGACUACUACACUGGCCUAACUCAUAAAUAGUGAAUGUCUGUUCCUGUAAAUAAAUAUACGACUAUAUUGCUUUUUUGUUCCUUUAAUGAGAAAGAAUUAGAUUUCAAAUAAAAUUUUCAUAUAGAAAUAUGUCAUCACCAUUGUUUUGCAAUAAUUAAUGAAAGUAGUAUUUCUCUGCAUAUCAAUUAAAUGGGAAAACCGGGUUACAUCACAACAAUGUUUACACAAGUUUUAAUAAUUUUACAUACUCUAUAAAAAAUUAAACCAUUUUAAUAUUUUAGCUAUAUGUUCUUUGUUCUUCGUUAGUGUAAUAUUCUAAGAAAAAGGCUUGCAGCAAAUAAUGAUUGUAUGUUAGCUCUUGACAAGUACUUAAACAUUAAAAUUGCUCUCCUGAAAAAUCAUUAAAAUUGACUAAACAUUUUUUACCCGUGGGCCCUUCAUAUGGAAGUUGACCGAGGUCAUACAAUUGCACGAACAGAGCAUCGCGUGGUUCUGGAAUAAAUUUUCACGGUUAGUCGAGUGCAAUGAAGUAAGGCUGGUAAAAUGUUUUAUAAAACAUCUUUUAUAAAAUAUAUUUUCCAUCUUUUAAUAAAAUAUUUGAUGAGUGCUUAUUUUAUAAAAGUUCUAGGCUGUCAAGUACACUACAUAAAAGAUUGUUGUCAAAGAAGUAGUCAGUAAUUGCAUAGCAUUUGAUUGUUUGUAGUGUAUGAAGUGUUCAUUAAACAGUUAAACUUAUUAACCACAUUGAAUUGUUUAAAGAAAACAUUUCUAUGGAUGAUGAAUAAUUCUAUGCUUGUGCAACUACACUCAGUGCUGUCAUAAUGUUAUCAUUUAUAUUGAAAAAAAGGCGACAACCUAGUCCUAGUGUGUGGGUUAGACCAUGGAUUGCAAGACGAGGUGAUAGAGGGAUUCAUGAAAACUUAAUAAAAGAUCUGUUGAUUGAAGACCAGGAAAGUUACAUUAAUUAUCUGAGAAUGGACAAUGAUACUUUUUCUUAUAUUGUAUCAAAAGUAACACCCUUUAUAAAAAAAACAAGACACUCACCUAAGAAAUUCUAUAAGAGUUGAAGAUCGACUCAUGGUCACCCUAAGAUUUUUAGCAACCGGAGAGAGCUACAACACACAGUCUACAAUACAGCACCCGUAUACCUCAGUGCACAAUAUCUAAGAUAAUACCUGAAACAUGUGAAGCAAUUUAUAAAUCACUGAAGGAUAAAGUUUUAAAGGUAACAACAAUUUUUUUGAUGUUAUUUAAUAAUUAUAAUAUUAUAUAAAAACAUCACACGCACAUGCAUACAAUGUACAUAAAUCAAUAUUCUUUACAGGUGCUCUUGAAUCUCACUACCCACAGUGUUACUUAAAUUGGAAAAAUGUAUUGCUCUAGCAAUCAAAUCCGUAGACACAUCAGUUGCAUCUGUAGGUAGUGUGUGUACAAAUAUAGUUUGACUGUUUGAAAAUGAGUCUAAGGAUGAAGGUGUACUUGACAGUAAUGUUGCAGAGUCUACAGUAUCCCAUGUAUCCAUCAGAAUUUGCUGGAUUUUUCUUUUAGCCUGGCGUACCAAUAAUGCAUUGUGGCACUCAUUGUCCAUGGCCCGCAGCUCAGUUGCAACAAAUUUACCAAAUGUAUCAAAUGUAUCAAAUGUAUCAAAUGAAUCUUCAUUUCCACACAAUUCUUUAGCCAACUGAGACAUUUCAGCCAUUGUUGUUGAUGCCUGCAGCAAUAAGGAAUCAGUAUUGAGAACCUUUUGCCUCUUGUUUGACUGACCAGUUGUGCUGUUACUCUGGGAAGCAGACGUAGUAGCCCUACACUGAGACUGGUUGCCAUCAUUACUGACAGGCUGAACCUGCAAGAAAAAACAAGACAUAGAAUUAUGUAGUACUGGAAAAAGCACUUCAUUAUCUAAAAUAUGUAAAAACAUUUUAGAAGCAAAUGACGAUGACUUGAGUGAUAUCAUUGCAGUAGAUAUAAUUUCACCUAUUGAGUUUUAAAAAUGCCUAUAACAAGUGAUUGUGAACUUCAAGAGACAAAUAAGCACGUAGAUUUGGUAUGUAUCCUGUUCUGUGCCAAUGUAUCAUAUUUCUAAUAGGUUUUUUUUCCCUGUACAGGUGCCCUCAACGCAAAACCAAUGGCUGCAGAUAGCAAAUGAAUUUGAAACACAAUGGAAUGUGUUUAACACUUAGGCGCCAUGGACGGAAAACACAUACGUAUCAAAUGCCCUGAAUCUAGUGGCUCACAUUUCUUUAACUACAAGUAUUUCAAUAGCAUUGUGCUACUCGCUCUUGUAGAUGCAAACUACAAAUUUCUUGGAACAAACGGUCAAAUUGGUGAUGGUGGAAUAUAUGCAAAGAGUAAACUGAAGAUAUGUUUAACUGACAGGUCAAUACUGAAUAUACCUGAAGAAAGAAAACUUCCAAAUGUUCCAAAUGUUACACCAUUUGUCAUAUUAGCUGAUGAUGCUUUUCCAUUGAGCUAUAAUGUUAUGAAACCAUAUCCAAUGAAGAACAUUACAAAAGAAGAAAAGAUUUUUAAUUACAGAUUAUCCCGUGGACGGAGAAUGGUGGAAAGUGCUUUUGGAAUUCUUGCAAGCCGAUUCCGUGUUUUCAUAACAGCAAUUAAUCUUUCUCCCGAAAAAGUUACUUGCUUAACCAAAGUUGCUUGCACCUUGCACAACUUGUUAGUUCACAAGAGAAGGUAUUUGUAUACAAGACAAGACAUUUGUGUAUAGUGAAUCGAGAUGGUUCUCAGUAUUUAAUAGCAGAAAGUAAUGAGGAACAUGACAACAUGGAGCCUAUUAGUAAGCAAAUCAGUUUUGGUCACAAUCGUCAUGGUAAGGAAAUAAGAGAAAUCUUUAAAAACUUUUAUAAUGGACCAGGAAAAGUACAGUGGCAACAAGAGUAUAUUUCUUAAAUGAAUUACGAAACAACAUAAAUUACAAUAUGAUCAUUACUUACAUUUGUUGACAGUUCAUUUUCAUUGUCUAAAUUGCUUUCAGAACUGUCUGCAUCAGUCAACAUUUCAAGAAAGUGUAGCAUGGGAUACCAGUACACUGUUGGUUUAUAAACAUCAUCACCGUCGGCACCACUUUUAAUACUGUUCAGGACCUAUAAAUAAAUGUUUAAUACAUAACAAUUUCCAUAUGUACGUCCUGCUUGACAGGCUUUGAACUGUAGUAUUCUGUAACAAAUUUAUAAGUUUUGCAAAUAUCUUACAAAUUACAGUUAAAGGAAUUUUAAAAACAUAACUAUAUAAACUGGGUAUAUUACUAGAGAUAUAAUGAUUUAUAGAACUAUUCAAAUUGUAACUUUAAUCAUACGCUCUUAACCUGUACAUAACCUAUUACACAUUACGGUUAAUUAGGUUGUUGUAACAUUUUAUCCCGUACAAUCAUGUCAUUACUCUUCAUAAUAAAAAUUAAUAAAAAUGAUUUUUUUACUUCAUUUUUUUGAUUAAAUAUUGGCUUCUAAGACCAUUUAUUUUCUUUUUUAUGUCUUCAAUAGAACAACCAGGUUUAACAUUGAUUAUAGCAUCAGCGAUGGUUUUAUACAGAUGUUGUCUUUUGUUCCUACUUUUGUAAUCUUCGUGCUUUGCACUGUACAGAAUUUCAUUACAUUCAUACUCAGCAAUCAACAUUUUUGUCAUUUCCACACUCCAAAUGUAGGGGAACGUGGGGACGUUUUGUACACAGGGACCUUUGGGACACCAUGUUUUGUCAGUGAAAUGUUGGUAGAACUACAUUGAUUUUUUUUUGUAAACAGCUGUUUCCCUCCAUUUGUUGUAGGUAUGUUCUUGAACAGAUUCAGAUAGUGAUGUCUUCUUAAUAAAUUAAAAACUGUUUUUUUUUCCUAAAAUCUGUAUGAUUCAACAUUGAAAUUAUGACUACAUUUCUGUCAACAUUGAAGUAAGUGUGUCUGUUUUAUACAAAGGUACUACUUUUAAGGAUUAUUUGGAAAAAAUUAACCUUAAGUAAAAAGUUAUAUGUUAUGAGCCUCUGGCUAAGUUUGUUUUUUAUUGCACCAUAGGGAAGUUUGGGAUGCCUAAUAUAGGGAGGUUUGGGACAUGACAUGUUAUUUAAAACAAAUAAUUUAAAUUUGAAGUUAAGUGUGCAAAAACUAAGUAGUAUGUUAUAACGUAACUCAAAAGGCCGAAGCUUUGUAACAAUUUGUUCAGUUUUAAUUUCAUGACUAGACUAGACAUGGGAACUAAUUAAGUUAAUUUUAAGUAAACAAUUUGCCAUUAUGUAAGUACACUAGAGUCCCGUUAUAGCGAGGUGUCACGGUUCCGGGUUUGAUCCUCGCUAUAACCGUGUCCUCGCUAUAACCGAAUUGGACAAAUUCUGGCCCCCAAAAAAUAAAAAUCAACUGAAAAUAGCAUAAAAAUUGUGUUUAAACCUGUAUAAUUGUAAAAAAACAGGUUAUAUUAACGAAAUCUUAAUUUCAGUGAGCAGAUGUGUGAAUUCUCUUUAAAACGAUACCCCAUAAGUACGGAUGCGAUCACCGAUUGCGUCAAAAUAACCAGAAUACCCUACCAAGCCACGUAAGUAUAGCAUCUCAGUCCGCGGCCGACGCAGCAUUGUCCUGCUAUCUAUUGUCGACGCGGGCUGUCUGCUGGUGGCCAUGUUGGUUUGGGAUGUUGCUAACAGGUGGUGCUAGUGUAGUGCGACGAUUUAAUUCCUUACAAAAAAGCAGGAGUGCGGCUGCGGCAACGCACGUACGCUUCAAACGUAAUAGUCGCUGGAAAACGCUGGAAAACUAUACUUUUUUCAUUUAAAGAAACCUGUCAACUUUUUUAUAAAAUAAAUUUGGGAUUAAACUCAAACCAUCACCACCCCUUUCCCGGACAGAGACCCCAACAACUGACCGAAACAAAAGUUACAAGAAAACUGCCCUAGCGAUUCAGAAAUAAAUACGGUAGUGCCUUAUAGAGGUGUAAAAGUAACGAAAAAAUGUGUACCCGUAUGUAUUCGUUACUCUAACAAUUAGAACUCGUUACUAUCGUUACGUUACUCGUUACUUCUGAUACCGCAUAACAUGCUAUGUUAUGUUGCAGCAACAAAUCCAGUCGUAUUGCGUACGCGUACAGUAUGACGUCACGUAAAUAAUAAUAAAUAGAAUAUAAACAAUUAACAAUAUUUGAUAAUUAAUAGUUUUUAACCAAGAAACAAUUAAAUCUCAUUAGAGUGGCUUUUCAAUAUUAUCGCUUUUAAGAUAACAACAAAAAAAAACGUGAAAAUACGCGAUUAUAAAAACAAAAACAUACAUAUUUCUAAUUUGUAAAAAAUACUUUCUUACGUUGUUUCUGUUCCAAUAUCAAACUUUGUCUACACACGGCACAGAUAACUAACGGAAGUUUGAUAAAAGAAAGAAAGGAUGGGAUUCUAUUUUUAAGCCACGCACUUAGGUAGCGACUGCACGGCUGAAGAAUGUGACAGGCAUCAACUGCAAGAUGUCUAGUGGCGAGCGAGAGGGGUGGAGAUAAAGCAUACAAAUAAAAAAACCGCGCUUCAAGCGAUCAUGCCGUAAAUUCCUCAAAAAUACCUCGUUAUAGCCGUGUUCUUGCUAUUACCGUGCUCGCUAUAACGAGAUUAUACUGUAAUUGCAAACUUAUAGGUGAACUCUGAAUUAUUGGUUGCAAUUUGUAAAUUUUCUUCAGUAGACCCUAAUCAUUACGCCUAAGAAUACUUGUAUGGAUUUGUUAUAAUGAAUUUUAGAAAUCCUACAGCAAACAGUUUUUUUUGCAAAUCUAGACCUACCCUCAGCAUUUGUAUAGGCUUAACAUCUGAAGCAACCUAAUUUUAAAAUCUUUUUCAGGUUUUCCCACAAGAUGCCUUUGACUUACAAGAAAAAAACUGAGAGGGUAGUCCCAAACAUAGAUAAUACGAAGAAUGCGGUAAGAGAGAUAUUAGAAGCGAGAAACUGCUUUGAAAUAUGACAUUCCUAAGACAUCACUUGCAAGGUACGUUAUUAUUAAAAUAAUUUGUCCGGAUCUGAAAACUUGUACUGAUCAAAACACACUUCGACUCAGGUCUUCACGAUUGAAGAGGAAAACCUAUUGUUGGAUUAUGUUUUAACCAUGUCUAGAAUGAAUUAUGGGCUCACACGAACUAAGACUAGAGAAAUUGCCUACCAGUUUGCAUUAGCUAACAAAAAGAAAUUUCCAAAUACCUGGGAAGCAAGUAAAUUGGCUGGCUUGGAUUGGUUAAGAGGGUUUUUGAAAAGGAAUCCCAAUAUUACUCUUCGUAAGCCAGAAGCUGUAACCCUUUCCAGAGCUACUAGUUUCAACAAAAAAAAUGUUGCAGAUUUUUUUGUCAAUUUAGAAGAAGACUUAAAGCGUCACAAGUUUGAACCCCAGUCCAUCUACAAUGUUGAUGAGACAGCUGUUAAAACUGUGCAAAGCACAACUGGUGUCUUAGCAGAGAAGGGAUCGAAGCUUGUAGGUGAAAUGACUUUGGCAGAAAGGGGACAACUUGUAACGAUGGUGCUUGGUAUUAACGUUGUAGGAAACUCAAUUCCUCCAUUCUAUGUGUUCCCACGCCAUAAGUUUAAGGAGCAUUUAAUGUUGAAAGGGGCAACUGCUGGAGCUGCUGGAGCUGCCAACCCCUCGGGAUGGAUGUCAAGUGAAAUAUUUCCCCAUUUCCUUCAACAUUUUGUAAAGCAUGCAAAGCCAUCCAAAGAUUGUCCUGUUCUUAUAAUAAUGGAUAGUCAUGACAGCAACAUGACUGUCCAGACCAUAGAUUUUGCGAAAGAAAAUGGCAUUGUCAUUAACACUUCCACCUCACUGUAGCCACAAGCUUCAACCUUUGGAUGUGGGAGUGUUUGCUCCUCUGAAGGCAUUCUAUAACCGCACCAUUGACUCGUGGCUUGCCUCAAAUCCUGGUAAGACAAUGUCAAUAUGUGAAAUUGCAGAAUUAUCUGGCCAAGCCUAAACAAAUGCUCUGACACAAAAGAACAUACAAUCUGCUUUCAAAAAGUGUGGUAUUUAUCCAUUUAACAAGGAUGUUUUUUCUGACGACUUUAUUGGAUUGUCUGUAACUGAUCGACCAAACCCAACAAACCAACAAAGCUUAAAAGAGCAGAAUGACCUUGAGGAAUUGGCUUUGGUAACUGACCCCGAGGUAUGCUACAGAAUCAACUAUUCUGCCUCCGGAGCACACACCAUCAACUUAAACAGCUGAGUCAUCAUCACUAGGUCUAUUAAAAUGCAAACCAAGUCAAGAUCAAGGUCUGCAGCUUGAAGAGCACACUUCAGCAAAGAACAUGACAGUAACACCUGAACAGAUAAAACCAUACCCAAAAGCAGGCCCCCGUUAACAAACCAACAAAGGAAGGAAACCAGGAAGAACCAGAAUAUUGACCGACACACCUGAGAAGAUGGAGAUUGCAGCAGAUAUCCUGAAGAGAAAUGAAAAAAACAUACCUAAAGAAAGAAAAUAAUAAA